AUGAGGCAACAGUUGCAAGACGCCAUUGACGCACGGAACGAGACGCUGGAUCGUUUGAGAACCGAAGAAGUCGUGAGGCGGCGGCUGAACGCGACCAUCCUGGAGCUGAGAGGCAACAUCCGAGUGUUUGUGCGGGAAGUGGAGCCGGCGAAAGUCGACUAUCCCGACCAGGGCGAGCUGGAUGGCGGAAAGGAGAUGGCAGUCCAUGCCCCGACGACACUAUCGGCGACGGGCAAGGAGAGGAAUGAAAAGCACAGUUACGGCUUCGAUCGCGUUUUUGGCCCCGACGCAACGAACAUGCAAGUCUUCGAGGACUGCAGAGAACUUAUUCAGUCCGUCGUCGACGGUUACAACGUUUCCAUCCUGUCCUACGGGCAGACGGGCUCGGGCAAGACGUUUGGCAUGAGCGGGCCGAAAGGCAUCAUCCCCUGCGCCAUCGCCAUGUUGUUGACCGAGAUGCAGCGACUGCAAGAGAAAGGCUGGGAGUAUCGCGUCGAGGCGUCUUUCGUGGAAGUCUACAACGAGACGCUCAACGAUCUUCUGGGCGAUGCGAAGACCUGGGAUGACAACGAGGAUCUGACGGCCAGCGUCCGGCCAGGAGGGAAGCGAAAGGAGAAGCACGAGAUUCACCACGACUCGGUAACUGGCAAGACCACGCAAGCUGUGCAGAAUGUCCUGGACACAGCAGCGAAGAACCGACGCGUGGCAGCAACCAAGGCGAACGAGCGUUCAUCCAGAAGCCAUAGUGUGUUCAUUCUCACCCUUCGCGGCUCGUGCAGUGCCACGGGCGAGAGCAGCGAAGGCGUGCUGAACCUUGUCGACUUGGCUGGUUCCGAGCGGCUGAAGCAAUCCGGAGCCGAGGGCGAUCGCAAGAAAGAGACGCAGGCGAUCAACAAGUCGCUGUCUUCGCUUGGAGAUGUCAUUGCGGCGCUGGGAAGUCGGAAGGGAGACGAGGGCCAGAGCCAUAUCCCCUAUCGCAACUCCAAGCUCACAUAUCUCCUCCAAUCUUCGCUCGGCGGUACGAUUGCGGGCAAAUCGAGUCGCACGCUGAUGCUGCUGCACCUGUCUCCUCUGCAGGCGCACUGGCAGGAGAGUAGAAGCAGUUUGCUGUUUGGCAGCAAGGUGCAUGGAACGCAUAUCGGGACUGCGAAGAGGAAGUGA